CCCCGGAUGGAACCGACGACGCUACACGCAUCCCCGCGCGACGCUGCCGACGGCAUGUUCUCCCCGCAGCCGACCACGGCCGACGACAACGACGUCGGCAGCGUGUUCGACUCGCCGCCGACGGACAAGCAGCGGAAGACGCGUGGCGCGCGGACGCGCCGGAAGGAGAAGAACCCUGUGCUGGUGAAGAAGGUGAAGAGGCAGAGAAGACAGAAGGCGAACGAUCGAGAGAGGAACCGCAUGCACGGUCUGAACGAUGCGUUGGAAGGGCUGCGAUGCGUUCUGCCGACGUUCCCCGACGAGUCGAAACUGACGAAGAUCGAAACGCUCCGAUUCGCCUAUAACUAUAUCUGGACUCUAUCUGAGACGCUGAACGAAUUCGAAGCAGGAGGAGGAGGAGGAGGAGCGGGAGCGGGAGGGGGAGGGGUUGAAAAUCUCGAGGCUAUGCGGUCGCUGUUCGAUCGUGCUGCCCCCUGGAUGCGCGCGCCGGCCGACGUCUGCGACGGCGGUCCGUCGCCGCACCACCAGAGGUCGCCCUACGCGCCCGAGUACGCGACGUACGACGCAGCGCAGCGCCCCCUAUCGGCGUACAGUGUGUCGUCGGCAUACACGGACUCGGCGAU